CAACUGUGAGGAAGUGAACGCCAGACUAAGUAAAGUGAAAGUUUUCGUCAGCCAACAAUGCCCAUAGGAGCAGCCAACACCCUCCAGAGGGUAUCCAGUGUGGCUAAGUAUGAGCCCAACUAUGAAGAGGCAACUGCCUUAAUACAAUACAUGGACACACAACAGCUACAAGGGCUUCUUGACAGUGAAGAAAAACUUCAUGACCUCACUAAUGAUCUACAACAGGUAAAGAACAUCCAGGUAGACAGGGAGAUGUUACUAGCCAGCAAUAAGAGCUUGGCUGAUUACAACUUGUCCAAGGAGCCUCUAUUAAAGGAAGGCAGAGAGAAGUUGGCUACACUCUAUGAAGAGGUUCAGCGCUCAAAAGAGGUGCUUCUCAGGGACAAAGAGCAGAUAGGUAAAGAACAUCCAGGUAGACAGGGAGAUGUUAUAUAUAAAAUGUUACCUACAUUCUGUAUUGGCUACCUUCAGGUAAAGAACAUCCAGGUAGACAGGGAGAUGUUACUAGCCAGCAAUAAGAGCUUGGCUGAUUACAACCUGUCCAAGGAGCCUCUAUUAAAGGAAGGCAGAGAGAAGUUGGCUACACUCUAUGAAGAGGUUCAGCGCUCAAAAGAGGUGCUUCUCAGGGACAAAGAGCAGAUAGAUAACCAGGCAAAUAGCCAAAGUCCUGACACUGUUCAUGCCUUACUGCAGACUGAAGCCGCUAAAUCAGAGGAAGAAACAGAGAAAAUGGCAGAAGAAUUUCUUGAUGGUAGUUUAAGUGUUGAUGCGUUUGUCCAGAAAUUUAUUGGAGAGAGGACCGUGGCUCACUUACGAAGAAUUAAGGCAGAGAAGAUGGGAGAACUGCUGCAGACACGAGCCUCUGGCAAAUCUCCCUAUGGACAGCAGUGGACUGCCUCACAGACACCUUAUCCUAAUUCUUCCACUGGAUAUCAGAUGCCAGAACCAUCAGGAUACUAUCCUAGAUAAUUACCAUACAUAAUAAGUGUACAUCAAUCAACAACUGGAUAGAUGCCAGAGCCAUCAGGAUACUAUCCUAGAUAAUUACCAUACAUUCUAAGUGUACAUCAAUCAACAACUGGAUAUCAGAUGCCAGAACCAUCAGGAUACUAUCCUAGAUAAUUGACAGACAUUCUUACCAAGUGUACAUCAAUCAACAACUGGAUAUCAGAUGCCAGAGCCAUCAGGAUACUAUCCUAGAUAAUUGAUGGAUAUUCUAAACAAGUUAACUAUUUUCAGCAGGCCUGUAGCCAGCAAUUUCAAAAGGGGGUCUUUUUCUGAAAAUUGUACCUUUUGAAAUGAAAUUUUUGUGUACCUAGGUCAAAUUUUGCCCAGAAUGGACCUUUACCUGACAAAAAGGGCAGUUCUUUUCAACCACCCCCCAAACAUCCCUGGCUACGGGCCUGCUCAGUAUAGUACAGAGUGUGUACCAUAAUUUAAACUUUCUCAGAGUGAAUCAAAGUAAGUUAUUUUUACUGAAACUCUACUUAGUAAAAUUGACAUUUAUGCAAAUAAUAUUUAAAUAAUAUGAAAAAUACUCGAUGCCGGAAUUAGCAUUGUAAAUGUUUAGUUGGGUACAUGUAAAACAAGACUCAGCCUGACUUUCACCUUUCAUUACAUGGAUGUUCAGUACAGACACAGACUUUCACCUUUCAUUACAUGGAUGUUUAGUACAGACACAGACUUUCACCUUUCACUACAUGGAUGUUUAGUACAGACACAGACUUUCACCUUUCAUUACAUGGAUGUUCAGUACAGACACAGACUUUCACCUUUCAUUACAUGGAUGUUCAGUACAGACAGACUUUCACCUUUCAUUACAUGGAUGCUCUGUACAGACACAGACUCCACAUUUCCAUGCAUUUUUCAUCUGCCUGAUAGUACAUUUCACUGCAUCAUGCUGUUCAUAUUUUAAUGUAACUAUACCAUAAACUUCUUCUUAAGUUGGGAAAAAUAUAAAAUCUACAGUUGUUGAUAUAGUGCUUCUUGGUUAGAAUACCCUUAUUCUCAUCUCUUUGAUUCUUGAUCAAGGAAAACAGCUCCUUAAAUUAAGCUACAUUUUUUAUGAAAUCAUCUUGUGCAAAUUACAGGUAUAAGUAGUAUAUACACACGUUAAAGUGUUGUAACUGGUACAAUAAUUUAUAAAACCAACACUCAAGGUAAACAGAGGUUGAAAUAAAUGCCGUCUACCUGAAAUAA